AGUCAUUUUGGCUCAGACUUUGGCUCUCAGUGGGCGCUCUCGAGUGAGCCUCGUGGGCCCUCGCGCCCCCUCCAGCGCCAUGGCCGGCGGCAAGAAGCAGGUGACCGGGGCCGCGCGGCAGCGCCGCUCCACCACCGCGGACACGGCCACGCUGGAGGACAAGUGCCAUCCGCGCAAGAUCUUCAUCGGCGGCCUCGCCAGCGACACCACCACGCAGGACCUCCGAGACUACUUCGGCCAGUUCGGAAGCAUUGUCGACGCGGUUGUGCUGCGAUGGCCAGACGGCCGCUCCCGCGGCUUCGGCUACGUGAUCCCAGAGCGUCGAAGAGGCUGGCCUGCGUCCCUUGAGAGCCUCCCGUGGCGCUGCCGAGAGCGCGACGCUCCCGCCCGUUCCAAUGACGUCUUCUGCCCCCGCGACGGCGCUCGCGACAGCCCAGGAGGUGGAGCAGGAGGUUGACGUGAAACGAGCAGUGCCUGGCACGAACAAGCUCUUCGUCGGGGGGCUGCCUCAGAACACCAUG